AUGGGGUCCGAUGGCUCCUCCUCAGCUUCCAGCCUCUACGACUCCCUAUCUCACACCUCCAAAUCACUCAAUCGCUCUGGCAUUACCGCGCUGAGGCAGCUCCUGGCCGCCCAACACGCAUCCUACACCUCCCUCACAAAUUAUAUCUCCUCCAUAUAUCGCAAUGAUAAGGUGAACUGGAGCAAAGCCGUGUUUCUUUCUACCUGCGUCGCUACCAUUGUUGCUACCAUGGUAGGCUGUGGCCUCGUAUCGUCGUUCAUUCGUGGCAAAUGGUUUCGCAAGGGUCGCUCGGCGCGGAAAUCCUCCUCCACCAAAUCAAACAAAUCCACAAAGACCCUCACCUCGUCGGACGAUGAUUACGAAGAUGAUGACUAUGAUAGCAAUGGGUCGCUACGCCAUGGCAUGGAUCCUAGCCAGGCCAAGGCGACAGAGUGGUCGGCAGAGCCUCAGCAGCAAAGCUCUGAUGGUAAGCGAGCAUAUCCCUCCAUCGUCAUCGUCAUUUUCUUUUCUUUUCUUUAUUCUAACGCAGUCGCAGCUGCCAAAACCGACCCAGGUCUGCUUAGGAAGUUCACCGAAUUUGCCUCUUACACGACCUCUAAAGCAUCUUACCCAGCAAUUCGAACUUUCUACAGUCCCCACCCACAACUGAGCCGCCUUCCGACCAAACCCUCGCCUGUCCCGCUCCUUGUUUUCGUUCAUGGAUUAGGUGGAUCGCUUGCACAAUUUCAUCAUUUACUUACCAGUCUUUCGAACAUUGGUUCUUGCUUUGGUAUCGAUUUGCCAGGUUGUGGCUUGUCCAAGUUUGCGCCAACGGAAUGGGAUGCUUACACGGUGGAGGCCCUAGCUGAACUGCUAGUCGUGGCGAUCGAACGCCAUCGAGACCGUGAAGCUGGACAAGAGGUCAUUCUCAUCGGACAUAGCUUGGGUUGCUCUUUAGCUGCCCUGCUUGCUUCUUCCAACUCGCCCAUCGGCAAGAGCCUCAAGGAUCACAUUAUUGGCCUUAUCGCAGUGUGCCCUCGAGCAACACCUCCAUCUGCGGAAGAUACCACAUCAUUUCGUCGACUCCUUCACGUCCCAGGUGCAGUCUUUGAUUUGUGGCGUCGCUGGGACCGCCGUGGUGGCAGUCAAAGCGCCAGCGUGAUGAGAAUGGUGGGCAGUGAUGCGGAUGCGGAGACCCGAGACCUCCAAGUUCGCUUUAAUAAACAAAGCCGCACACCAGUUUGGCGUCGCAUGGCAUGGGGAACUCUUCCUUCUUACGAGACUGGAGAAGCUGUAGGUGGCAUGCCCGGCGAGAAAGUCUGGGCUGGCAUUCAUAUGCCAAUCCUGCUAGUUGCAGGCGAGGCCGACGCUGUAACAAAGCCUGCCGAAAUCCAAACGCUUUUGAAGUUCUUUGGCGAUGCCUCAGCUCACACUGCCAUCGAUACCGCUGGAGGCGGCAUUAUCCCCGACGCAUCGCGAGUUCAUGACCAGAUAAAACCGCCGACCGAUCAACGCGCUCACGAUGAGGCAUAUGGCAUCCAGUCCAGUGAGACGGAAAAGCAGCUUGUUGACCAGACCUCUGGUGAAAGAAAGCGACUAGUUAAGUCUGCAAUCCUGCCAGCGCCAGCCUCUCAUGCCCUGCUCUACGACCGAGCUACCUACCGCACCCUCGCGGGAAUCAUCCAAGAUUUCCUCUCGUCCCACAUUGACAAGCGACUUGGCCUUGGCUGGCAACUCCAAUACCUCAACACAUCGGGAAAGUGGGAUGUCAAGAACUUAGCCAAGUGGCAAAAGGUCGUUCCAGUCUCGAAGCCGAUCGGUGGCACAUUCGCCGCUCUGAAGAUGCUUCGCGAGGUAGACGAGCAGCACAAUCCGGUCUGUUUUUCUGCCCAGUACAAAGAUAAGAUCUAUGCGGUUAUCGACAUCAGCCAUGAGAGCCCGGUGUACAACCCUGCAACUUUGGAAGCAGGUGGAAUUCGCUAUUGCAAGCAACCAACCGUUUCCAAGAUCCCUCCCACUCCAGACGAGACUCGCGACUUUAUUGCUCUUGUUGAUCGUCUCCAAAGGGAUAUUGAUGAGAAAACGUCUUCAGAUGAGAAGAAGGAGCACUCGGUCCGGCCACUUGUCGGUGUGCACUGCCACUACGGAUACAACCGUACUGGCUUUUUGAUCGUUUGCUACCUCAUCGAGCGACUGGGAUAUGGAGUUCAGGAUGCGAUUGAUGAAUUCAAUCGGUGCAGGCCGCCGGGCAUUCGACAUGGUCAUUUCAUUGAUACGCUGUUCGUGAGGUAUUGCGUGGGGCUGAAGAGAGCGCCUACUUUGUAA